AAUUCUAAUAAUAAUAAUAAUAAUAAUAAUAAUAAUAAUAGUAAUAAUAGUAAUAGUAAUAGUAAUAGUAAUAGUAAUAGUAAUAGUAAUAGUAAUAGUAAUAGUAAUAGUAAUAGUAAUAGUAAUAGUAAUAGUAAUAGUAAUAGAAAUAGUAAUAGUUAUAGUAAUAGUAAUAGUUAUUAUAAUAAUAAUAAUAAUAAUAAUAAUAAUAAUAAUAAUAAUAAUAAUAAUAAUAAUAAUAAUAAUAAUAAUAAUAAUAAUAAUAAUAAUAAUAAUAAUAAUAAUAAUAAUAAUAAUAAUAAUAAUAAUAAUAAUAAUAAUAAUAAUAAUAAUAAUAAUAAUAAUAAUAAUAAUAAUAAUAAUAAUAAUAAUAAUAAUAAUAAUAAUAAUAAUAAUAAUAAUAAUAAUAAUAAUAAUAAUAAUAAUAAUAAUAAUAAUAAUAAUAAUAAUAAUAAUAAUAAUAAUAAUAAUAAUAAUAAUAAUAAUAAUAAUAAUAAUAAUAAUAAUAAUAAUAAUAAUAAUAAUAAUAAUAAUAAUAAUAAUAAUAAUAAUAAUAAUAAUAAUAAUAAUAAUAAUAAUAAUAAUAAUAAUAAUAAUAAUAAUAAUAAUAAUAAUAAUAAUAAUAAUAAUAAUAAUAAUAAUAAUAAUAAUAAUAAUAAUAAUAAUAAUAAUAAUAAUAAUAAUAAUAAUAAUAAUAAUAAUAAUAAUAAUAAUAAUAAUAAUAAUAAUAAUAAUAAUAAUAAUAAUAAUAAUAAUAAUAAUAAUAAUAAUAAUAAUAAUAAUAAUAAUAAUAAUAAUAAUAAUAAUAAUAAUAAUAAUAAUAAUAAU